AUGGAGGGAAGGAGACGACUGCAGGAGACACUGGAUAAGAUGACAAAACUUGCCGCUGAAGAGGAAGUCUGUGAUGAAGAAUGUUUUAGUGACGUCAUUAGAUUUGAUGUUCAGAAAGACGUGAAGUAUUUUGCUCAGCUCUGGGAGGGCAGUCCACCCAUGGCACCGCCAAACCCAAACUACUGUGAGAACAUUCAAGAACUGAAGGAAACUAUUGUAUCCCAUGCUUCAAGAUCACAUGGAAUGAGACUGAAAGACUUAAAAGAUCGUAUUAAAGAUCUCUGGGAGGCUUUACUGAAUGAGCGAUUCGUCUUCAGCUUCAGAAACUCUCUGGAGAUUUCAGCCUAUGGGAAACUGAAGACUGAAUACAGCAAGUGGUCCUGGAUUCUUCGCAGUGCCAUGAUGGAAACUGAGAACAAACUACACAUCCAAAUAGAAAAUGAAACAAUUCAUGAAGUUGAGGAAACUGGUCUUCAAAAAGAACUAAAGGAGACAAGUGAAGAAGUGAAAAAAUCCAUGUCUGAAUUCUUUGAGAAAGACAGAGAUGCAAAUAUACUGAUUCAGUGGAAAACAUCAUUUGAAAUCAAAAUCAAAGAGAUUCAGGAAAACAUUGUGAGCGAAACAAAGAGAAAAUUGAACGAGAUUCUCCAGCAGCGAGACCUUAAGAAAAAGAUUGAUGCUCAGAGGACACAUCAUGAAAACACUCUCUUGGAAGAGAGUAAAAAACAUGCCUUAAAACUAAAAGGCAAAGCAAAAGAUGAAGACACAGUGAAGAAAGAGUUUGAUUUAUUUUGGGAACAUUGUGUAAAUAUGAUCACCAGACACACUCCUUCAGUCAAAGACAUUGACAUAAUGAGAGAUGUGAGAGAGAUCCUCAGUGACAUCAAUAAAAGUGCUCCCAUAAAGGACAAUACUUACAACAAUAUUUUCAAUGUGAGGGGUUAUAGUGGAUAUAUUGUUUUCAAAAAGUCUGGGAUUAAAGAGAUUGUUCAUGGAAAAAUAAAAUCUUUUUUUUCUCAACCUUCAGAGGAUGAUGCUGAAAUUAGAACCUUUGUUAAUGAUGUUGAUCAGCAGACAGACAGAAUGAUUCAGUCAUUUAACAUUGCAAAGAUGGGCUACAAUAUCAGCUGCAUUCAAAAUCUCACAAGAUACAUCAAGAAUAGAGUAACAAAACAUCAGGAAGGACCAGCAAAAUAUGUGUUCAGGAAUGAAUUCUUCAUGGAUUUGGUUCUUUCCAUCUGCAAGAGAGCAGAGAAAAUGAUCCUAGACCAAUACAGAAUGUUCAGAGAAGACAAUGAUCCUAUUCUCUAUUUGGAGAAAAAGCGAAAUGAAUACUAUAGUAUUUUCCAGAAAUACUGCCAUGGAGCAACAUCAGCUGCCAUUUUUGGUGAGAUCAUCUGUCAGAAACUGAAAGAGCCCAUUGAACAGAGCGUCUACAAGAAGUGUGCCAGAGAUCUGAUGGAUGAAAUGAGAUCAAACUGUCCAUCACUGAAUGGAAACAGGUCAAAUCUGGACAAACACAUCUUGAAGACACUGGCAGAAGAGAAGGAUUUUGAGAAAUACAUAAGCUACAUUCAUAAUCCCAGAAAUCACUUCAAGAGCUUCAUCAGAGGUGAAGUCAGUCGGUACAUCAAUGAUAAGUUCAAUGACAGUGUUUUACCCAAGAUGAAGGAGAACAUUGAACUCCUGCAGCAGAAGAUCAUGAGAGCAGCUCAUGAAUCUACUAAACAUGUUCAAGAGAACAGAGGAGAUGCUGGUUUGUGGUUGAAGAGAUUCACACAGCAGCUCUCAGAUGAGCUGAUCUUCUCUGAAAAAGACCUCAGUGGAGUCGAACAUGAUGAUGUUGAUGAUUUCAAACUGCUAGGAGAUGUGAUAAGAGAAGAACUUACAGCUGUAAUGUCAGACAUCAGCCGUAGAUUCAACACAAAGACAUUUGCAAAAAAGCUGGACUGUAAGUUCAGACCAGACAAGCUUCUGAUCGAUCACUUCUGUAAGGUCUGUUGGGUUCAGUGUCCAUUCUGUAAAGCUACCUGCACCAACACCAUAGAAAACCAUGGUGGAGAUCACAAUGUUCCUUUCCACAGAGUUACUGGAUUGAAUGGAUGGAUUUACCACAAAACAACAAACUUGGCUAUUAGCGUCUGCACAUCAGCAGUAGCAAGCAAUCGAUCUUUUUAUCCCACUGACUCAAAUGAUGCAGUCCUUUGGAAAGAAUACAGAACAGCAGGAGAAAGAUUUGCUAACUGGAGCAUCACCUCUGAUCUCUCUGAACUGCCCUACUGGAAGUGGUUUGUGUGCAGAUUCCAGAAAGAUCUGGAAAAAUACUACAGUAAUACAUUUGAGGGGAUGGGUAAGAUUCCAGAAGAAUGGAAUAACUACACAGAACAGGAUGCAUUUGACAGUUUGGAUAAAUACAUUUAA